AUGCGUGUGCAACAGCACGGUAGCCUUCAUUUGACAUUGCAUAAAACUCAAAAAUCAAAACCAAAAGGUAGAAAAUAUUUUUCCACUGUGUCAACGUUUCACAGGCUCUACAAGAAGGCUUGGCGGCAGGAGGUUUUUGGGAAUCAGGCAUUUACCAUCUGGUCCUCUCGCACAGCGGAGCACUCUGGUCAGGAAAUAUCCAAAUGCCCCGGCUGGUGGGCGGAAGCCAGCAUGGACCAAGCCUCCGAUGUUCACUCCUACAACGACAUUGCUGUGUUCAUCCUGACUGGCCUGAAGGCGUAUGACCCAUCACUCGGCGUUUUGAUGCCCCAGCUUUGGUCCAGCAUGCAGAAUCUGUUAUCACUUGGAGACCUUGAAGAUGCCAAUGAUGAUGAAGGCUCCUGGGCCCUUUGCAAAUACUUUCUUCGCUCUGGUAUCAUUCCUCCCAUUGUAGAGGAAUUCAAGCAACUAGAACGAGAGUCAAAAAUAGCCAAAGCUCUGUCCAAGUCUAAAAAGCGCCUUGCAUCGACGCCAGAGAACCCAUACGGCGCCUGGUUCCGAGAUUUUGCAGUCAAGACGAAAGCGUAUGCUGCUAUUGCUAGCACCGAUACUGCUGCUCAAAACAAGUUCAAGGAUGAUAUCUUUGAAGCCGUUCUGGCAACAGGAUUUCUAUGCA